AUGAAAAAAAAGAAAGGAAAAGGACGACUUGACGAACGAAUAGCCGUCCAAAAAGAGGAUGAAUAUCAUCACUACAUUCCGCAGUUCCUUCUUAUGAAUUUUGCUAUUAACAAUUACGGGAGAAUAUUCGUGGGCAAUGACAAUAUAUACAAAGAGAAAAAGCAUAAGCAAAGUUUCAAGAACUGGAAUAAGAAAAAUGCACUUCUCCAAGCUUACGACAAUAAGAAUGGUCAAAUAAUUAAUUCUCCGGUUAGGAGAACUUAUGGAUAUAUGAACAUGUACAAAGAUCUCGAUAAUAAAGAUGUGAUGUAUGUGGAAAAAGAACUCUCAAAACUUGAAGAAAAAGCAUCACAUAUGAUCAAAGAUAUUAUCAAUGCAUCUCAAACGAAAAAUGAAAUCGUCUUAGUCAGGAAAAAUCUUGAGAAUCUACGCAAAUUUCUCUUCAUCAUGAACUAUCGAAGCCGUUCGAGAUGGUCUCAAUUCGCCGAUGAAAAAUUUGAUUUCAUGACUCGGGCUCUGUUACAAAAGCACAUGGAAGAACAUAAAUUAAAAAAGGCGCAUGAAGUAUGGUUACAGAAUAUUCGCGGAAUACUAGAGACCCCCCACAAGAAUAUUAAGGAUGACUCUCGAAUCUUUUCAGUAGAUAGGACGGAUUAUCAACAACGCAUGGUUGACUGUUUUCUCGUAAUUUGGCAAGCCGGGGAUAAUGACGAGUUCAUUAUAACCAGUAACGGAUUCGGAAUCUUUGAGGGGUUUUCGGGGAUUUUGCCUUUCGGUCAAUUACCAUUUCAAUUUGCUUAUCAUUGGUUUUAUGUUAUCUCUCCAAAGCUUGUGUUGGUCCUCUGUAAUCAUAUGGCUGAAUUCGUAGGAUCACAGUUCAACCGCAAGUCGAUAUUGGCAAAUGCUCCUCAUCCACGCCCAAUACCAGUGUAUGCGCCAAUUAGCGAAUCCAGUCAUAGCACCACCGGCGGAACUGCAUUUGACGAUAAAUUUGACGAACAACUAAAGCGCAUGGGUUUUGAAAGAACAGAGAACGACAACUUCACUUUUUCCUUUGCCAAAAUUUCUUCGGAGACUGUUAGCCUUGUAAACUGCAUCUUGCUCAAUGAGACUAAACCAGACCUGAUUUUGACUUUCCUUUCUCCAUCAUAUCUCUACAAGACAAUUGUCAAAUACCAUAAAUACAUGGAAAUUUAUGUGCACGACCACGACUAUACGGAUUUGAAAAAAUUGUUGUUUAAAGAGUUAAACAAGACUCAUGAGGAAGACUUGAAUCUACGGAAAAAUAUCCCAGACGGCCGCAUAAAUAUUUGGACUGUGCGCGAGAUAAAUUCAAGAUUUCAAACGGAUGUGUAA